UUGGCCGUGGGAGCGGGUCCUGUGCAUGCCAGUGUUCGUGUUGCUCGCCGGUGGACCAGUGCGUCGUGUCGCUUUCGCAGGAUCGCGACGCUCCUCCGCGGCUCCGUUCCACCCUUCACGAUCGUGAACCGGUGAUCCGCGAAACCCCAGCAGCCCUCGUGGAUCCCGACCGGCGGUGCCGCGACUCGAAAUGGCGUUUAAUUCGUCGCGCGAACGACGCCUAUCCAUCGUCGGCCAGUGAGGACGCCUCCGUGUGUGAGAAAGUUUUCCAAGUGAUUCCCCGGCCCCCGGAGACCGGUUCCGAUCGCUUUUCUCGAAUCUGCCACGGAUAUACGAAAGGGUUCGCGUGACGACCGAGGUACGCGAUGUCGACCGAUCGACGAUAGCUCGCUGGUGAACCAUUCCGGAGAACGGCCGUGAUCAACGGGGUGAAAAAGGAGAACGAUCCUCCGGUGGUGGUUUGUUGUUCGUUUCGAUCACCGGCGCGCCAUGAGACGACGCAAACACACGGCUCCCGUGGACCACGGGCCCGCGAUGUAACGCGUGGGCAAAACGGUGUGGACGUUCGCGGGGACUCCUGCUCCGUCGCCGUAAUCCGUGUCUGGGUUCCCGGGGGGUGGUUGAAACGAGCGCGAUGAGAACGCCGCCAAGAGCAACGAGGAUGGACGAAUUCGUGAAAUAGCCCGGAGAAGCGAGCGAGCCACGCCACGCCGCGCCGAGCCGCGCCGAGCCGAGCCGCUUCACAGCCGCAGCUGCAAAACGAAAAUGUUGUGGGCCAGGAUAGUCAGUGCCGCUCAACUCGCGGCCGCGGUGGCUAUCAUCCUGCGGAUCCUAUUCGCGUCCGCUGAUCCGAUCGCGUACACCGAGGACCAGUCAUACGAACAAACCACUGAGACCAGCAGCGACGUUUAUAUAGUGCCAACGAAACCGCUAAAUCUCUCGUCUCACGGCAUCACGUCCACGACCAUCGAAUUGUCAUGGUCCGAGCCGGAGAACGCCAAUGGGAUCAUUUCCGGUUAUCGUGUUUACUAUAUGCAUUCCAACUACACCGACGUCCAGAUGCACAAAACCAACGAAAGCGAUGGCCCCGUCAUCGAGUUUGUCUUGAAACAACUGAAUCCCGAUACGGAGUACGAAAUAUGGGUGAAGGUCCACACUUGGAAAUACGAGGGCGAACCAUCGGACCACAUCACUCGUCGUACGGACAUUUCAGGACCAAGCCCGCCGUCGAUCUUGAACGUCACUUGCCAAACCGACGACUCGAUUUACAUCCAAUGGGCCAGACCGAACACCUUCUCGGGCUCGAUCGACUAUUAUUUUAUCAACUACCGCGUCGAAAACAGCGACCAUUACGAGAAAAUUGAAGUGCUGUCCGAGAAGAAUCACCUGGAGAGCGCGAUGAUUAUACCGAAUCUGACGACGAACACCGUCUACGAGAUUAAGGUUCGCGGAGGCACACGAAGCACUAUUGACGAUCGUGUUAUCAUCAACGGGGAGAAUUCCAUUCCCUGCAAAGUACGAGUCACCCGUAACUGCGACAAAAUUCCACCAUUACUGCCACACGUCACCAAAGAGUUCAACAGCGGAGUGGUCGCCGGAAUGAUUUGCGCCUGUCUGGCUGUGAUGCUGAUCAUCACGUCCUUCGUCUUGUGGAAGCCUUGCCUGAGGCCAAUUUUCAGAAAAUGCUUCCACACCGCCUAUUACUGUUUGGGCUAUCCGCCGCGGAGCGUACCGACGCUCCAGGAAUGGGAGAACACCGAGCAAGAUGGAGAACGGACGGCCGUCGUAAUACAGAACUUCGUCGAGCACGUCACCAGCCUCCACGCGGACGGUGACUUCAGGUUCAGCAAGGAGUACGAUCUGAUACAAUCGGAGUCCGGGAAGUUCGCCGCGGAGAACUCGCAAUGCGUCGAGAACAAAGCGAAGAACCGAUACCUGAACAUAUUGGCCUACGACCAUACUCGUGUACAGUUACUGGCGUGUGGCGGUGGUCCGUCCAAAAAGGGGCACGAUUACGUGAACGCGAAUUACAUCGACGGAUGGCAGCGUACGCGGGCCUACAUCGGCACCCAGGGCCCGCUUCCACCGACGUUCGACGGAUUCUGGCGAAUGGUGUGGGAGCAAAAAGUAUCGAUCGUCGUGAUGAUCACUAAUCUCGUCGAACGUGGACGCAAAAAAUGUGAUAUGUACUGGCCUAAGACGGGGACCGAGAUUUACGGCUACAUUCAGGUGACUUUGCUGAGGGAGGACGUUAUGGCAACGUACACCAUUCGUACUCUCCACAUCCGUCAUCUGAAGCAGGUCAAGAAGAGGAAGAACGGAGUGAACAUGGAUGAGCGCACCGUAUGGCAGUAUCACUAUACCGGUUGGCCCGAUCAUGGAGUGCCAGAACACCCUUUGCCUGUUCUGAGUUUCAUCCGCAAAUCUUCCAAUGCCAAUCCUCCGGAUGCAGGACCGAUCGUUGUUCAUUGCAGUGCUGGCGUUGGACGCACCGGCACCUACAUCGUCAUCGACGCCAUGUUGAAGCAAGCCAAGUACAAGAACGAAGUGAACGUAUUCGGGUUUCUCAAACACAUCCGUACCCAGCGAAACUUCUUGGUUCAGACCGAGGAGCAGUACGUGUUCAUCCAUCACGCUUUGCAAGAGGCUAUCGAGAGCGGGGAAACGAACAUCGACACGAACAAACUGAUCACGUACGUCCAGGACAUGUUGAAUCCCAACAACAAGAACACCGACGCUUGGAACAACCUCGAAGCGCAGUACAAGUUGGUCACAUCUUGGAAGCCCAAGGAAUUUCAUCUGGUGUCGGCGAUGAAACCGUGCAACCUCCACAAGAACCGUAACCAAGAAGUGAUCUCGGUGGACACUGCUCGCGUCCAUUUGACGCCGAAAGCUGCGAUCGACGGUAGCGACUACAUCAACGCAACAUGGAUCGCUGGCUUCCACCGCAAUCGCGAGUUCAUCAUCACGCAACACCCAACGGAGAACACGAUCAUGGAAUUCUGGCACAUGAUGUGGAACUACAAUGCUCAGACCGUGGUCAUGUUAACCGAAUGCAACGACGAGUACCCGGAAUUUUGGCCAACCGAGGGCAAAGAUCUAGAAUCGGAGACGUUCUGCGUACGGUCUUGCGGGAUCAAGGAAACCGCCAACGAAAUGAUCCUGCGCGAGGUGGCAGUCCGAUCUCUGCAAGACGAUUACGAACUGAGUGCCAAAAUCGUCCAAGGACCGCGAUCAGAGCCCGGUUUCUGGCCGCACAACACCAAUCCAGGACUUCUCGUGAGUCAGAUCCACGAGUUACACAAGGAUUACCAAAAUGGUCCGAUCGUCGUGAUGGACAGGUAUGGCGGCGUGGAGGCUGCGGUAUUCAUCUUGCUCACCACAUUGACCAAACAGCUUGAAUUCGAGAGGAGUGCCGAUGUCUACAUGUUCGCGAAGCUGCUGUACAUGAAACGUCCCGGAGUCUUCAGAUCGAAGGAGGAUUACGCACUGUUGUACCAUUGUCUAGAAUCCAUGUUGAAAUGGAACAAAGAUCACGACAAACCGGAUCUGAAUUCCAUGGCCAACGGCCACGUAUCCACGAUCAUGGAUCCGAUCGACGUACCGACCUCGUCGAUGAAACACAUGCAAAUGGAUUGCACGCAGAACAUAAUACGCGAAAACGCGACCGUAGAAGUGAACUCGAUGCCCGAUUAUUCGAUUCCGAUCCUAAUGGACCAUACUAUGGAGCCGUGCAGCAGCAGAAGCGGCGAGAGUUGCUCCAUCCACGCGGGGAUCGAGCACGAGAAAAACAUCGUCGCGAGGCACCGGAACGUCAGCUAUCACAAUCAUCCGGGCAGCGUCUCUGUCAUUGUUGACGCGAACGGAUACGUCACUAACGGCAACAUGCGCGUGCCACCAGAAGUUGCAGUGAUUCCUCGAGCCGGCCCGAACCGCUGUAAUCGACCGAGCUCUGGACUGCCCGAAGGGUAACGCGGAUUCUAUAUGUACAGGAUUCGAACAAAACAAUUUCCACGGAAACAAGUAAGAGCAAACAUUGAAAUCAAACAGCUGUUAACGCCUACGGCUGGAAGAUGAUAGUCUCCCCGAGAACCCAACGUUUUUCGAGCAGUUUUACCAAAUACACGCCAUCAGACUCGACGGACUAUACGUACGAGGAUAGUUUCGAAAACACGCGGCUUCCUCCCACCGACAUGGAAAACGAUAGACACGCGAUCGGAGAUGCCGAAGGACCGAAACACGUGGCUUAGAUUUAAGAAAUUUUGUUCGUCGUCGAUACGCAGCCAGAUGCUCGAGAGUGUUUACAAGCGAACCUUUUUCUCUCUGUACCCCUCAUGCAGGCAACAGCGCGAGAAGCUGUAGAAUGGACACGUCUUCGCACUAACGGACGAUCGGCGACUCGAUUCUAGGAUCGGCCAGAGAAGGAUGCUCUCCCCAGCACGUUCAGUGUAAAUAUUAAUCAUUCGCGUUAUAGUAGCGCGUGCGCGAGAAAAAUUCGCGAGGAUCGUACGUGUGCACGCGCGCCAUUUACGAAAUCGCCCGGGGGCCUCGUUUCCAGCGUCGCUGGGUGCCACAAAAAAAAAAACAAAAAAAAAAAAAAAAUAAGAAAAACGGAGGAGAAAG